CGAUUGACUCGCCCCUGUAUUUAAAGCUUCGCUCUAACCAUUAUCAAUAUCAAGUGCUUGUUCUUUUAUUUCACCUUGAACACUGGCUCCAGUCAACUUUUCUUUCAUUUUUCCUCUGUGUGUGUGUGUGUGUGUGUCACUGAACAUGUCCUCCCCAUUCCUGGAUCUGGACGGAAAUCCUAUAAAUGGAGACGAAGUUCUCGGGUAUGGCAGGGCCGGUCUGGUUGUCCUCCGUGAAAAUAUAGCAGUCAAAAUGCCAUUACGGUACAGAAGCAGUCGAGAUAGCGAUGUGGAAACCAAUAUAGAGGUUUUGCAACACGAGAAAGAGGUCUAUCAGCGGUUGGGACAGUGCGAAGGCGUGGUGCCUUGUAUCGGUUUCUCCGAAACAACGAUCCAGCUUAGCUUCAUGGCAAAUGGGGACCUACGUGCCUAUUUAAAUCGAAAUAGACCACCUAGGUCCUUGCAACUCUCGUGGUUUCGUGAUAUGGCUCGCACUCUCGCACGAAUACAUGAUCGCCGGGUCAUUGUAGCAGACAUUGCCAGUCGGAAUUUUCUUCUUUCCGAUGAUCUCUCCAUCAAAUUUUGUGACUUCACAGAAUCGUCUAUUCUUCAUCCUGACACCGACAUGGAGAAUUUCAAUGAUAAUGGAUAUUCUAUCCAGACAGACAUUGGGCAGCUUGGAGCAGUGAUAUAUGAGGUUGUUACCGGGAAACGUUGUGAUUUUGAUCUUUUCAAAGAUCAGCCAUCGACAAUUAGUGAAGCCAUGUGGCCUCGGAGAGAAAAUCUUCCUAAUGUCAAAGAUAUUUGGCUCGGACCAAUCAUCGAUAAAUGCUGGACAGAAGGCUCUUUCAAAAACGCGGAAGGUGUGGCAAAGGCAUUGGAUGCUAUAACGUUCCAAUCUCUAUAUUCGGACGACAUUAGCAAAAUACCACCGGAGAAAGAGCCUCAGUCACAACUCUCGAAUACGCCUUCCACAUAUAAUAUUUCAAUGCGACAUACUCUGGCCCUUUCAGUCGUCGUUGGUAUCAUUGCACUUUAUACCACGUGGGGUUCCAGACGACGUUAGAAACGUACUCUAUACUUAGAACAUUUCCCGCUAUUUUGCUAUCAUCUCGUGACGAAUUUCAAAUAAAGGAGCAUCGGGUCAGUUUAGGUCCCUUGAGAAGUUUGUUUUUGUUAUGAUCACUUGCUUUAGAAUGGAACAAUUACGUUCACGUCAGCGCUCGGGUUUCUUGAACAAAUAUCUACUACUUGACCCAAGCUUUUUAAUAAUCAGAACUCCGAAAUUAUCUACAUAGUGUGAUUAUGGAGCAUAUCCGCACUGUAUGAUACUGAAUUGAAC